UUUUUUUUUUUUUUUUACUCCUCCGCACUUUGUUCGUGUCUCCAUAUUGGCUCAUGAUAGUAUAAAAUACAAUUAGUUACUUGUUUUAUAGUUAAUUCAUUCUAGUGUCUACAAUUUCAAGACCUCUUUUUGGUUGGACUCUCUCUUUCUUCGGAUUCCAUUGCACAGCCAAUGCAAUUCAUUUAUGCACAAGUACUUUUGAAGGUCCUUUUUACUGCUUGGUUAGUCUUCCUUAUGAUAUUUCAAAAUUUCUUUUCUACUUGUUUGGACUCUUUGUCUCCCAUCUGUCGCUCAUUGUGGUGAUGUUCUCUUCAAUAUCUCUUUGCUAUUUGGUUGGACUCUUUCUCUAUGUUGUUUUUUGUAUCUGUAGAUAUCAAGAUUGUCGCCUGUACAACCAAACUAAUCCUUCUUUUUAUUGUAUUGUUAUUGAUACAUUGACACUGGCGCAUGAUCCAAGGUAUCAGAAUAGUGGUCUAUACAGUCAAUUGUCGGAUGGUCAUCAUUACUUUAUACUUAGCUUUUGGUCAGACGAAGAUCAUGGUGUAUUGAUCUUUGUUUGUUUACGGGCAAUGGACUUGGUCGAGGAUGAUCAGUCUCUAGAAUCGUUUAUGAAUCUAGUGACUGAAUUUUGUGCUCAAGUAGGUGGAGGGCAAAAUGCAACACAUUAUUGUCUAUACAAUAACGGUGGCGCAAAUAUUCAAGGGUAUAAUCAAGGUUGCAAACUAUACAAUCAAGCCAAGAUCGUCUCCCUUCUUCGCUGGAAUGACUCUGUUAGACUGCCAAUUGAAGGAUCCAUAUCAAAUAAAAUAAUUAUACCCAAAGUGGAAGUCAUGAUCAUUAUCUUGGAGGUGGCAUUAGCUGGUCUUGGUCAUGGUUGUGGUCUUAGCCGUACUGAAAUGAAGUUCUAUUAUGAAAAUACAAAAUGA